UCGCGGGUGUUACAUUUGUAAUUUCAGUAGUGGAUUCAGUGCUAGUAGAAUUACUAGUGGAUGAAAGGGUGGGACUAACGGAAACUGGAGCAGAACUAACAACAGGCGAAGCGGCUGUAGUGGAAGUCAGUCUAGAAGCUGUACCGGCAGUGAUAAUGGCACCACUGGCUGAAGCGGCAGUAGAAGAAGCCGUGUUGGUGGUGGCUGAUCGCCAAAUG